AUGAAGGACCUCACCACAGAAAAUAUCACGGAGAGUGUCCAUGCCAUCAACAAACAGUGCACGAAUCCCAGGACAAGAUACAUAUUUGAACGUCUAGUAUCUCACUUGCACGACUUUGCAAGAGAGACCAGACUCUCAACGGACGAAUGGAUGACUGGACUGGACUUCCUCACAGACGUUGGCCAAAUCAGCACCGACUUGAGAAGAGAGAUGAUCCUACUAUCAGACACCCUAGGAUUGAGUGCUCUGGUCGACUCAAUCGACCACCCACGCACAGGAAACUCGACAGAGGGAACUGUGCUAGGCCCCUUCCAUACUCACGAUGCACGGGAAGUGGAGAAUGGUUAUGCGAUCCACAAAGAUCCCGACGGCACACCUCUGCUGGUCCUCUGCACCAUCAGAGAUACUGAGGGCAACGCACUUGAAGGUGUUCAGAUCGAUGUCUGGGAGGGCGAUUCGCAUGGAAACUACGACGUGCAAUAUUCAGACAGAGAUGGUCCGGACGGUAGAGGUAUCCUGUUCUCCCAGCAGGAUGGAUCUUUCUGGUUCAAGGCUGUGAAGCCAGUAUCCUAUCCAAUCCCGAUGGAUGGGCCUGUCUUCAGCAUGCUUCAGAUGUUGGGAAGGCAUCCAAACCGACCAGGCCAUGUUCAUUUCCUGUUGAAGAAAGACAGCUUCGACCCUCUGAUCACGUCAGUUUCCGUUGCCAGAGAUAUACUUCGUUCGAAUUCUGACAGACAUCUAGUGNCUUUGUAUCCUCGUGGAGACCCAUAUGAGUCUUCUGAUCCUGUGUUUGGCGUCAAAGAUUCUCUUAUCGUUGAUCUUUCGACAGUGACAGACCCGGAAAUGGCCAAGAGAUACGAGGUCGAGGAAGGAACAGCUCUCUUGACUUACGACUUCGUGCUGGUGACGGUGGAGGAAACGUUGAGGCUGCGCAAGGAGAAAGCUGAAGAGGCGAUCAAGAAGAUGGGAAGAAGCAUGGAAGACUUCCAAGGCCUGCCCAUAUUGGACGUCGACUGA